AGGCCGAGGGGAGCAGGGUAAAAGAGGGCUGGGGGUGGGAUGGGCAGGGCAGAGUGGGCAGGUCCCCCGCAAACCCUGAAAGAGGGGCGCCGGGCAGAGCGUGGGCUCACUGUGGCCGGCCCAGGUGAGCUAUGCGGUCCCAGCUGUCACUGCCGCUGUGUCUGCUCCUGCUGCUGGCCCCUUGGGGUGGCCACGGCUGCCAGGAGCCAGAGCUGGACCGGGAGCUCGUCCUGGCCAAGGUGAAGGCCCUGUUCCUGGACGCCUUGGGGCCCCCAGCAGUGCCCCGGGAGGGUGGGGACCCCGGCAUCCGACGGCUGCCCCGAAGACACACCGUGGGGCGCAGGGUCUCUGAGCCCGAGGUGGAGGAUGUCUCGCAGGCCAUUCUGUUCCCGGCCACAGGCGCCGGCUGUGAGGACGAGCCGGGGGCCGGGGAGCUGGCGGGGCACGCCGAGGAGGGCCUCUUCACCUACGUGUUCCGGCCGUCCCAGCACACGCGCAGCCGCCAGGUGACCUCGGCGCAGCUGUGGUUCCACACCGGCCUGGACAGGCAGGCCACCGCCGCCGCCGCGGCCAACAGCUCCGAGGCGCUGCUCGGGCUGCUGGCGCUGUCUCCGGGGGGGCCCCAGGCCGUGCCCGCGUCCCUGGGCCGGGCGCCCUCUCGCUGGGCGGUGCUGCACCUCGCAGCCGCUGCCCUGCCCCUGCUGGCGCAGCCCGUGCUGGUGCUGAUGGUGCGGUGCCCGCUCUGCCCCUGCUCGGCCCGGCCCGAGGCCACCCCCUUCCUCGUGGCCCACACCCAGGCCCGGGCGCCCAGCACGGGGGACCGUGCCCGCCGCUCCACGGUGCCCCGGCCGUGGUCGCUGUCGUCGGCCCUGCGCCUGUUGCAGCGGUCCCCCGAGGAGCUGGCCGCCCACGCCAACUGCCACCGCGCCGCCCUCAACAUCUCCUUCCAGGAGCUGGGCUGGGAGCGCUGGAUCGUGCACCCGCCCAGCUUCGUCUUCCACUACUGCCACGGCGGCUGCGGGCUGCCCCCCGCGCCCGACCUGCCCCUGCCCGCCCCCGGGGUCCCGCCCACGCCCCCCUCCCGGCCGCUCCCCCUGUUGCCCGGGGCGCAGGCCUGCUGCGCUGCCCUCCCCGGGACCAUGCGGCCCCUGCAUGUGCGCACCACCUCGGACGGCGGCUACUCCUUCAAGUACGAGACCGUCCCCAACCUCCUCACGCAGCACUGCGCCUGCAUCUGAGGGCCCGCGGAGGGGUGGAGGGGGGAGAGAGGGGGCUCCUGCUCCCGUCCCCCUGCUCCUGCCUCCCUCCCCACCCCGUGACAUGCGACUGUAUGCAAGGGCUUCCCUCCCUUCACCCCUGUAACAUGUGACAAUAAACAAGGGCUCCCCUCCCUUCACCCCUGUAACAUGUGACAGUAAGCAAGGGCUCCCCUUCCUUCACCCCUGUAACAUGUGACAAUAAACAAGGGCUCCACUCCACCCCUAUAACAUGUGACAGUAAGCAAGGGUUCCCCUCUCUUCACCCCUGUAACAUGUGACAAUAAAAAAGGGCUCCCCUCCUCUCACCCCGUAACAUGUGACAAUAAAAAGGGCUCCCCUCCCUCCGCCCCUGUAACAUGUGGCAGUAAGCAAGGGCUCCCCUCCCUUCACUCCCAUGACAUGUGACAGUAAGCAAACGCUCCCCUCCCUCAC